AGCAAUGGGAGUGGAAAUAAAGGCACAAGAAAAUGAAGAAUCUGAAUAUGUAAAAGCCAUUGGAAAAGUGGAAGAAUUGAUAAUUAACAGGAUAUCAACACCUUGGUUAUGGCCUGAUAUAUUUUUUAACAUAUCACCAACUGGUAGAGAAUUUAGAAAAGUGGUUAACACAAUACAAAGUUUUAUUAAAAAGGUGAUACAACAAAAAAAGAAAGAAAUGCAAGAAAAUUUAGAAGAUAAUAUUAAUGAAGAUGAUAACGAAAAUAUCUACAUGCAAAGCAAAAAGAAGAAAGCAUUCCUCACGUUACUCCUUCAUCAUUAUUUAAAAGAUGGGGAUAUUACUGAAGAAGAUAUUCGUGAUGAAGUGAAUACAUUUAUGUUCGCGGGACACGAUACCACUGCAGUUGGCAUCAGUUGGGCUCUAUACAAUUUGGGAUUGUAUCCACAAAUACAACAGAAACUCUAUGAAGAAGUUCAAAGUAUUUUUGGUGAAGAUAAGGAAAGAGCAGUUAAUCAAAAUGAUCUUCGAGAGAUGAAAUAUCUAGAAUGUUUUCUAAAGGAAUCUCUCAGAUUGUAUCCAUCAGUUCCAACUAUUAUGAGAACUAAUAAUAAAGACUUUAAGCUAAAUGAUGAAAUCACAAUUCCAGCAGGAACAUCAAUUUGUAUUUAUAUAUAUUUACUCCAUCGUGAUCCUGAACUUUAUCCAAAUCCUGAAAUAUUCGAUCCUGAUAGAUUUCUACCAGAAAAUUCUAUAGGAAGAAAUCCUUAUGCUUAUAUUCCUUUUGCAGCAGGACCAAGAAAUUGCAUUGGGCAAAAGUUUGCUUUUAUGGAAGAGAAAAUUGUCCUUACUAAUAUUUUACGUCAUUUCCGGAUCAAAUCUCUGGAUCCACCCGAUAAAAUUACGGAAUGUGGAGAAAUUGUACUUCGUCCUAUGAAUACUUUAAGGUUGCAAUUCGUGAUGAGAAAUGAAUAGAAUCAUUCAAUUUUUACUGUAUUUAUCUACGUAUUAGAUAUAAACAAUUAAUUUUUGUAUUCUAGAAAAUUUCUACAAUAUAAUUAAGAAUUUACUUCGAUUUCUUUAUGCUCUAACAAUACAAUUUUUGUACUUUAAAAUAGAAUUUUUAUAUAUACAGUGUAAUCAAUAAUGUAAAUGUAACACAUCAGAUUGAAUUCCUAAAUGGAAAAAAUCAAAUACAAAAAUAGGAAAAAAAAAUCAUCUACAUAUUUUGGAGAUUAAAUAUUAGUUUUGUUCAGAUGUUCUAUUGAAAUAUCAGAGUCCAUUAUUUAUAUCAGGCAUAUUUAGAUAAUAGCAUCUGUUGUAGGUAUCGUACGUCGUGACUAUAUUACUUGUA